AUGGCGCCCGCCGCUCGCCGUGUGCCUCCUGCUGCAGCCGCUGUGCUCGUCCUAGCGCUGGCCGCUGCCGGCGUCGCCGGGCACGCCACCGAGAAGACGAAGCGGCAGAUCUUCCGGGAGCAGGUGCUGCCCCACACCGGCGGCAAGAUUCCGUCGGGGGCGUUCCGGGCUGACCGGCUGGUGCUCAACAGGCUCAACAAGGAGGGCAUAGCCGUGCCAGACGGCAUCUUGCUGGACGCCCGCAAGCGCCAUAAGGACCCCUCGCAGCGCGGAGGGUCCGACCUGGAGGCCGCUGUCGUGAAGGUGACGCUUACGGACGACGGACGAUACACGGCGCCGGAGGGCCGGCUGCAUGCCACGCACCCGGAGACUGUCGACUCGACGUACAUCAUCCGGCCGCCGUUCAAGGGCUUCGGCCGCCAGCACGGGCUGUGGCCGCCGAGGCCGCGACCUGCGCACAGCUUCGCCGUCCCAGCCAGCCGCCCCCUGCAGCAGCAGCCGCCGCCGCCUCAAACGCUCUACGGCCGACCGGCUGCGGCGUGGGCCCCACGCGCCUUCCCGCGGCUGUCGGACUCCGAGGCGGACGCCAGCUUCAGCUGCGCCGGCCGCUCGCCAGACCGCCUCUACGCAGACCUGCGGUCCCGCUGCCAGGGUUUUCACGUGUGCCAGAGGGACGGACGGCGUGAUUCGUUCCUGUGUCCUCACGGUACGGCCUUCAACGAGCUGACGGAGCAGUGUGACUGGUGGCAUAACGUCAAGUGCUUCUGAACUUGCGGGAGCAUUCAGUUCAGCCGUUGCCUGCAGCUUAUCCAUCACUACCUCACGGUGGAACACUCAUACGACAUACAAUAGAAAUCACGUUCCACCCUUUCGCUUCUCCUCACCUCUCCAGUUCCACCAAUUUUCAUAUACUGGACGUGCCCUUAAAAUAUUUUUUUUCGACUUCAUUUCGGGGCACAGUGCAUACGUCAUGGAAUUCAUCGUCAUAUCAACAUCAGUCUUCAAGAUUAUAUAAGCCUCAUCAUUUUUCAGUAGUUCACUUUUUUUUCUAUUCGCAACAUCUUGUUCCAUAUAUUAUAAUAAUCUAUUCGUUAUCUGCUAGCACAUCAGUAUUUGUUUGCGUGCGUGGGCGCUCAUUAAUCGCUUCCAUAGUCCCAUUAAUUUCAUUAAUAAGCACCGGAAGACUGUAUGAUUAAACGUGAUAUUAAAAAAAAUGCUACAAGAAUUUAAAAUACGCUUAUCCACCUCGUAUUCCUCAGCUUCCAUUUAAUGUAGAUAAUUUCUCAUUUGAUUCAAUAACUGUAUGGAAUGCAGGCAAAUUAGACUGUUGAAAAGAAGGUAGCGAAGACUCUGUAAUAGCAGGUUGUCAGCCCACAAAUUGAACGACAUGACAAAUAUUCACCCGUUCAAAGUUUACGAAAUUAUUUAGAAUGACUAUCGUUUACAGAUAACUUUUUGUCUUUAACAAAUCGAAAAGAAGGUACGUUUGUUUAUAUUUUGACAAGAGCAGCUACCAACUCCGGUUCUUCCGUGGUUAAAAUCUCAACUUCUCAAUACGGAAUCCAAGUUUUAUGGUUUUCUUUGAAUCUAGUUCGGAAUGCUGUUCCAUACUGAUUACUAUCACUGACCAUUUUACUGACUGAUAAAGUACUGAUUUAUAUUUACUGUCUCAUGUUAUCGUUACGCCCAGUUUUAAGCUGAGUGCAACAAAAAUACGUGUAAACACAGUAGAGAAACAUUGUUUGAAAAUAGGAGCUCCCUCAGAAAUCACAUUUUUCCGAAGUAAUCACAUUUAGCUCACUGGAAGAAAACGAAGACUUAUGUUUCCAUUUAACGUUCACUCUCGGGAGCAGGGGAGAACGUUUUAUGUUCUCAAAGUGUAUCAUGAAAGUGACAAAGGCUGUCCUCGAUUACUAAUGGGACUCAGCACUCAAGACUAAAUGACUGCCAUAGAUAAAUUAAGGUUUCUCGCAAACUAAAGUAUGUACAUGUUUCCGACCAUCUGCUGCAACGAUAUCUGCGAGCUCUAAGAAACGAAUUACUGAAACUGCUAGUACCACAAAAGACCAUAAAAUACUUGUUGUACAGUGCAGGCAGCCACGUCGUUCCAGGUUAACACUUCAUGUUGUUAUAGUUGGAUCCCAGUGGAAGAAAUGGCGUAUUUAUAUCCAAUUGCCACCAAUAGGCUAUGGCCCAUUGUGCCUCUCGAAACGUCGCGUCGAGAAGAGGACCACAAACUAUUGUGCCAAUCACUUUAUAAGUUCACACAGCUAAUGAAAUAAAUUAUAAAAACAUAGAAGAGUCAAUGAGACAAAUGGGUGAUGGAGCUGUAUUCCGAAAUACAAGAUAUAUCUAAUGGACUCUAUACAAGUUAACACGGUGAUCAGAGACUGGAAUAGAAGAAACUAAUUCUACACUUCCUGGAUCACUGUUUUUAUUUGUGACUAUGUCGCAACUUGUAUUCUCAACAUGUCAUACGACAUACCUGGAAACUGCGUGCCGGAUUAGGACUUGAAACAAGAUUCCUACAUUUCGCAGGCAGUGCAAGAAACAUGAAUUCACAUGGAUCAGAACAGUGCUGAAGUUUAGAGCUGUGAUGCUUAACUUUCGUGAGUAUUAAGCAACGUGCACGAGUUGCAUUAAAAAGUUCAACACAAUUGCAAUAAUUUUAGAUAACCAUUAAUAAUAUACCCAAAUAUCAAGCAUUAAAAUGUGUUUCGUCAAUUAAUUCCGUCUGUACAAUAUUUUUUAACCUGUGCAAUUAUUAGGGGUACUCAAAAAAAUUGCUUUUAAAACAAGUAUAUGAAGUCACUAACAAUUUCCGGUAGAUUUAUAAAAGAAAAAAUUUGCAUUGAUUAACAGGUUGAAUGAUAGUGAAAUUUAUUAAUUUUAACUUUUAGAGCUGAUUUAUCUUCUUCUGAAUUCAGACCUGGAACAUAAGUUGGGCAAGUCCUCACUAAAAUGUCUCAGGGUUACAUCUACAUCUACAUCUAUACUCCGCGAGCCACCUUACGGUGUGUGGCGGAGGGUACUUAUUGUACCACUAAUUGGCUAGUAAGUAACAAUUUGCAUUUGCAUAUAAAUCAAAGACACAAUUAGGAUUGCCAAAUAAUUCUUUAUUAUUUAUUCUCAAACCCUUACACAGCUCUGAAACCGGCUGCUGCACAAGAAUCCUUUAUAAGAUAGUAGGGGGCGCGAGGUUUCACGUUUAGGAUGAAAAGAUGAUUAGAUGUUAACAGGUAUUUAGUUUGCAUCAAUAAUUUUUCUGAAAGUUCUCCAAUUAUUACGCAAAACUGUAAAUACUAACUCGUCUAUGCGAAUGGUUCAGACGAUACUGUUACACGUUCCUCGCUUGCGUCGGAAUUUUUCCACUGUCUGCGCACUCUGUGUGAAACUGAAUGUCUCGACACUCAGAAUAAUAUGAGUCUUUCUUUACACUUCGGUACCUGGGAGUGGCUUUACCGUACGAUGGAGAUUUCCACCCAACGAAAAUACAAGUAUUUCCGGAGUUUUGGGACGACAGUCUUGAACCUUCACGUGUGUUUUCGGUACUUCUCUCAGAACUGUUGACUGUACUAUUUUCAAACAAUUUCGGCAGAAAUAUUUUAGCAUAUAGCUAUUAAAAUGAAUAAUAAACUAUCUGAGACUUGGAUGUUGUUCCCCAGCAUUGUUCAUCUAUUCAUUCCAUCAGUGCUUUUUGGCAACAUUACUACAAAACCUGUUCGUGAACACUGAAUUUGGCAACCUAACAGAAUGGCACUCCACAGGACAAACCGCUCGUGUGCGCUGUGCCUUAAUCAGCAUCAUGAUACUUAUAUUCAUCUUGUGGAAAGGUAGCAUACUAUGUACGAUCAGCUAUACGAAUGUAUACAAUAAC